AUGACUGAUGUUAUGCGUGAGAUUGCAAGUGCUAUCAACAACACUUGCCAUGCUGAAACACACCCUGACUUGUACAAGGCUGUCAUGGACCUUCUUGUGUUUAAUCAAGAUGAGCGCUUGGCUGUUUUAGAUUAUCUCACAGAACAUAAGGCAAAAGGCCUUAACUUUGUGAAGAUGGAUGAUGAAGUCCGAAAAGCAUCGUUCAAGCGAAUCUUGAAAGCCAAUCCUGGUCUUCUUUGA